GCCCUCGCCAAGGCAGCAGAUUCAAGAUUAGCUAGGCAAGGGGUGCAACCCUGACAACCUGCUGCCAGCCAUCUCGAUCUCCGUCCCAUCCCCAAGCAGCCCCUACCUAUCCUGAAUCUUCCCUCCUCUUCUCCUUAUUUUCCCAUCGACUCUUUCCGCGCACACUCCCUCGUCUCGCGCAAGCAGUAGACUUUUAGUCGCUUUGUUCCAGUGCCACCAACCGAGCAGGUUGGUCGGCUCGACAUUCGCCAAGCCACAACACCUCACGUCAUCGUCAUCACCUUCCAGCCACUGCGCUGACGUUGCCCACUCGCCCGCUUAAGCUCUCUUAGCUUCCAAGCGAGGGUGCGAGCAGCGUGGUUGCUGUGGCAACAGCGAAGCACGCCUGUCGAGCUCCAUCUCACCACGCCAAGAGUUGUCGAAUAUGGCUUCUCGCUCCACGCCUCCUCCGGAGGAUGUUCAUAAGCUGGCAGAGCUCUCCAAUGUGACUGCAGACACAAUCUUUGCGGUCCUUCGCGACAGAUUCUUCAGCGCUCUGCCCUACACCAGACUAUCGGACUCGAUCCUGAUAUCCGUCAAUCCAUUCGCUGCUCCCGGAAAUCGCAACAGUGAUGACACGCUUCGAGAGUACACAAAGGAUUACAGGGAGACGAGCAAGGCGAACAGGGUCAGGAAUCUACCACCUCACAUCUUUGCGACCGCAUGCAAUGCCUACUUUUACAUGCGCCGCACUGGUCAAGACCAAAGCAUCCUCUUUGCGGGUGAAACUGCGUCCGGAAAGACGGAAUUGCGAAGGUUAGCUAUCAGGACGCUGGUCGACCUCAGCGCGCCGCCUCCCGGUAAGAAGGGCAGCAAGCUGGCAGUCCAGGUCCCCUCGGGAGAGUUCAUCCUGGAAAGCUUGGGUAAUGCACGCACUUUGGAGAACGGCAACGCUUCACGCUUUGGAAAGUACACCGAGCUGCAAUUCAGCGAGAGUGGCCGAUUGGUGGGCUCGAAGACGCUGGACUACUACCUGGAGAAGACUCGGGUAUUCUCAUGUGCUGGUAGCGAGAGAAACUUCCACGUCUUUCACUAUUUGGUUGCAGGGGCAACAGAGGAAGAAAAGGAGUUUCUGCACAUCACAGACGCAGCUGCUUUCCGGUAUCUCGGCUCACAGCGUGGUCAUCGCGAGACUGCGCGUGAAGAUGCCGCACGCUUCAACAGACUCAAACAAGCAUUCAAGAAUGUUGGUCUCUCCAAGCGACAAGUCGCAUCUAUCUGCCAAGUUCUCGCAGCGAUCCUCCAUCUCGGCAAUCUGGACUUCUAUCAAGACAGGCACUCGACCCAAGACUCUGCCUCUAUUCGCAACCCCGAGGUGCUAAACGUGGUAGCUGGCUUUCUCGGUGUUGCCUCGAAGGAGCUGUCGGAGGUACUGACCUACAAGACGAGGUUGAUCAAGAAUGAGGUCUGCACAAUCCUGCUCGACUCCGACGGCGCUGCAGCCAAUCGUGACGAUCUGGCAAAGUCACUCUACUCCCUCCUCUUCGCGUGGCUCAACGAGCACAUCAACGAGAAGCUGUGCAAAGAUGACUUCGACACAUUUGUGGGCCUGUUCGAUUUGCCAGGCUUCCAGAAUUUGUCCCGCGCCAAUUCUCUUGAUCAAUUCUGCAUCAACUACGCCAAUGAAGCCACCCACGGCUAUAUGCUACGCACAGUAUUUGAGAAAACCAAGGCCGAAUAUUCGGACGAAGGCAUCACGUACCUAUCGCCCGACGUACCGUACUUUGACAAUGCGGAGACUCUGCGCCUCAUCAACAACCAGCCUGGUGGACUUGUACACAUCAUGGACGAUCAGGCUCGCCGUAUGCCCAAAAAGACCGAUCACACCAUGGCGGAAGCAUUUGGCAAGCGCUGGGGCAACCAUCCCACCUUCAAGGUCGGGCCUGCAGACCGCAGCGGGUUCAGCACAUUUACGAUCAGCCACUUUGCUGGUCCAGUCACCUACUCUUGCGAGGGCUUGCUGGAGAAGAACGCGGAGGUGGUCAGCCCAGACUUUGUCUCGAUGCUUCGCGGUCAGCAGGUCGGCGCUGGAAAGAGCGCUUCCGACGUCCAAGGUGGGCAGAGCGCGGGGUCCACUGUGGCUUUCAUCCGCUCGCUGUUCUCGACUAGAGCACUCAAGACGCAGGCUCAUCCAAAAAGCGAGCAAACGAUUGUAGCUGCUCAGCAGUCUGUCAAGCCCAUUCGUCAGCCCUCGAUGCGAAGAACCGCCAAAGGCAGUGGGACGAUCCGUCGAGCUGGUACGCAGCGCAGAGGAGGCAAUUUGGCGCCGGGCGGCGAGGAAGACUCUGAUGAAGACGCUGAGGCAGAAGGCGAAGGCGGAGCUGGAGCGGCCAAGAAGACCACUGCGCGCUUCGUUGCAGGCGAGUUCCGCAGUGCACUGGACACGCUCUUUGAGACGCUGGACGAGACCAAGGCUUGGUUCGUGCUGGCAUUGCGCCCAAACGACAACCAGCUGCCUAACCAAUUCGAAGCGCGUGUCGUCAAGCAGCAGGUCAAGACGCUUGCCAUCGCUGAGAUGUCUCGCAAGACUCUGAACGAGUACUGCGUCAGCAUGACUCCCGAAGAAUUCUGCGAGCGCUAUGCCGACGCCCCAUCCCUGUCAGCGGCGUCUAUGCGAGGUGCAUCGGGAGGCGAAGCAAAGCAGAAGUUCGCUGCCGCAAAGGACAUCAUGGGUUGGGCGGAUGCCGAAGCUGCAGCUGGCCGCGUCAAGGUCUUCCUCUCCCACGAGGCGUUCCGGGAGCUGGAGGAUGAGCUUCGCGCUGCAGACCCUGAGGAAGUGCGCGCCAACGAGCGCAAAGCGCUCAUCGACGCCGAUGCCGCUGCGAAGGGCGAAACGGAUCCAUUCUCUCCUUUGGGCGUCUUGGAAGAGGGCGCUCACGGCGUACCUGAUAGCCCAGGCUUGGUCGGCGCGUACGGCGAUCCGUUCAAAGAGCGCUCUCAAGCUGCGGUGCCACUGGUCGGAGGCGAAGAUGCGAUGGACGAUGCAAAGAGCGCAUUCUCUGAAAUGACGGGUCCUGGAGCCUUCCUUUCAAGAAGGUCAUAUGGCGGCGGUUUCAGCACUGCUGCACCAUCAGUCAUUGGCUCGGAGGCAUACGCGCCUUCACGCAAUAUGUUUGCAGAUGCUGGCUCUCGCGGUGCGGACGAGAAGGGCGGCGCUGGCUUCACUGCACCAGACGCAGGCCUGGUGCGCGAAGAGCACGGUGUAUCCUCCACUCGUAGGAGAUGGGUAGCCUUCACAUGGCUGCUUACCUUUUGGAUCCCAAGCCCCGUCCUCUCGCUGGUCGGUGGUCUCAAGCGCCCCGACAUUCGUAUGGCAUGGCGAGAGAAGCUCGCCAUCAACAUGGCCAUCUGGUUCGUCUGUGGAUGUGCCAUCUUUGUCAUUGCCGUUUUGGGAAAUCUGAUCUGUCCAAAGGAGCAUGUCUACUCCCAGGACGAAUUUUCCAACCACAAAGGCGACGACGCUUUCACUGCGAUUCGAGGUGAAGUUUUCGACCUCAACGGCAUUGCGCGCUUCCACCGCACGCAAAUUCCCGUCGUCGGAGAAAAGGUCAUCAUGGCCUAUGCAGGAGAGGACGCCACGAACAUCUUCCCUGUGCAGGUCAAUGCUCUGUGCAAUGGUGAAACUGGCCAGGUCAGUCCGUGGGUGCAGCUGUCUGGUGACAAUACCACUCUUUAUCCGAACGCCCAAUACCACGACUUCCGCGCGGUCACUCAAGAUAUCCGCCCUGACUGGUACUACGAAAGCAUGUGGCUGAUGCGGUCGAACUACCGAGUUGGCUUCAUGGGCUACACUCCAGACGGUAUCAACGACAUGUUGGACUCUGGAAGAAGCAUCGUCAUUUAUCGCGGCGGCGUCUACGACUUUACUCAGUAUAUUGCACAGGGCCGACGUGGUGUGCCGGAGGCGCCACCGGGCCAGCAGGCUCCGGCAGAUACCAAUUUGCAGUUCAUGAGCAAUGUGGUGAUCGAUCUCGCGGUGCAGAACCCCGGCAAAGACAUCACCGCCAGCUUCGACCAGCUGGGUUUGUCAUCAGAGGUCCUGGAUCGACAACGGGUCUGCAUGCGCAACCUGUUCUUUAUCGGAAAGCAGGACGGUCGCAAUUCACCACGCUGCCAAUUCUCUCGAUACUUGCUGCUCGCCCUGUCCAUCUUCAUGAUCAGCAUCAUCGGCUUCAAAUUCUUGGCUGCGCUGCAGUUCGGAAGAGUACGCAAACCAGAGGAUCACGAUAAGUUUGUGCUAUGCCAAGUCCCCUGCUACACUGAGGGUGAGGAGUCGAUGCGCAAGACGAUCGACUCGCUGGCAGCUCUCAAGUACGAUGACAAGAGAAAGUUGCUCUUUGUCAUCUGCGACGGCAACAUCGUGGGCGCUGGUAACGAUCGACCUACUCCGAGAAUCGUUCUUGACAUCCUUGGUGCCGAUCCCAGCUUGGAGCCGGAAGCACUUUCCUUCUUGUCUCUUGGAGAGGGCGCGAGACAGCACAAUAUGGCCAAGGUCUACAGUGGCCUUUACGAGCAUGCCGGUCACGUUGUCCCUUAUGUCGUCGUUGUCAAGUGCGGCAAGCCCACGGAACGUCAACGUCCCGGUAACCGUGGAAAGCGUGAUUCUCAAUUGGUCUUGAUGAGGUUCCUGAACAAGGUGCACUUUGGACUGCCAAUGAACCCUAUGGAAUUGGAAGUCUAUCACCAGAUCAAGAAUGUCAUCGGAGUCAACCCGUCUUUCUACGAGUACAUUCUGCAAGUCGAUGCCGACACAGAGGUCGAAGCAUACUCGCUGAACCGCUUUAUCUCGGCUUUCACUAACGACAAAAGGGUCAUUGGUCUUUGCGGUGAGACAGCCUUGUCCAACUCCAAGAAGAGCUUCAUCACCAUGCUGCAGGUCUACGAGUACUACAUUUCUCACUACAUGGCAAAGGCGUUCGAGAGCUUGUUUGGUUCGGUCACUUGUUUGCCAGGAUGUUUCUCGAUGUUCCGCAUUCGGACUCCAGACACGCACAGACCUCUCUUCAUCGCCAACUCUGUCGUGGACGAGUAUGCCGAAAAUCGAGUAGACACGCUACACACCAAGAAUUUGCUCCAUCUCGGUGAAGAUCGUUAUCUCACGACGUUGGUCUUGAAGCACUUCAAUAACUACAAGACCAUCUUUGUGCGAGAUGCAAAGGCCAAGACGACUGCUCCAGAAGAGUGGGGUGUGUUGCUAUCCCAACGUCGUCGAUGGAUCAACUCGACAGUCCACAACUUGUUUGAGCUGCUGAGCGGUGCCAACUUGUGCGGUUUCUGCCUCUUCUCGAUGCGCUUCGUGGUCUUUAUCGACCUCCUCUCCACCAUCAUUGCACCUGUCACGGUCGUCUACAUCGUCUACCUGAUCUAUCUGGUCGCCACCGACUCGUCCACUGUCCCACUGACAUCGAUCAUCAUGCUGGUAGCAAUCUACGGUCUUCAAGCUAUCAUCUUCCUGCUCAACCGCAAAUUUGAGAUGGUCAUUUGGAUGCUGAUCUAUCUGAUCGCCACUCCCAUCUGGUCUUUAUUCUUGCCGCUGUACUCGUUCUGGCACAUGGAUGACUUCUCGUGGGGCUCCACGCGUGUUGUCGUCGGAGAGUCGGGCAAGCGCGUCGUUAUGCACGACGAAGGAGUCUUUGACCCAUCCUCUAUCCCCUUGCAGACUUGGGCUGAGUACGAGAACGAGCUGUGGGAGCGCAACUCUGCACGAUCUAUUGGGUCGAUCAUCGAGGCGGCGCGCAAAGAACAAUCGCAGGCAUCUCGCGCGGGCUCCCAGUACACACCGAGCUUGUACGGACAGCCCCUCAUGAUGCAUCAUCAGCAGAGCUUUGGACACAGCCCCACGGCUUCCGCCUACGGCGGUGGUGGCGGUGGCCCUGGAUCUGCUAUGGGAGGAUACUUCCCUCCUGGCGAUGCUCGACAAUCCACAUACACUCUCAACCAAAUGCCCGCCGCGCAACCGUACGCUCAGCCGGCAGGCCACGCUUCUGGCUAUGGCACGCCAGCUGGUAUGUCCAUGUACGGAGCACCUGCGGGCUACAUGGCGCAGCCGCAGGUGGCGGCAUCUCCUGGUUACGCAGGUACGCCCUCAAUGUACGGAGCCAUGGGAGGCUAUGGUGCGCCGCAGUCCAUGUAUGGCGCGCCAGUAAUGUCUCAGAUCGGCAUGGGCAACGCUCGUGCCAGCUCUUACUCGCUCAGCGGCGAAGCUGCCUUGGUCGACACCAGAACACCAGGACAGCUGCCUUCGGAUGAUACCAUUGCCAGGGAUAUUCGCGACCUCAUCGCAAACGCCGACUUGCAGACCAUCACCAAGAAGAAGUUGAGGCAACAGCUCGAGCAACGCUACGGUGUCCCGGUCGACUCCAAGAAGGCUUUCGUGAAUCAACAAAUUGACGAGUGUCUUGCGAUGGUCUGAACUGGACGUCGUCGUAUUUCGCUUCGCAUCAAAAGAACACUCUCCUCUCCGGCUAGCCACACACUCGCAACUUCUGCAAGCAGUCACUACACAUUCGCUGGAUACUACUCAGCUGUCUCUCAAAAUGAGACGAUCAUGACUCUUUGCGCUCUCUUCGUACCAAUGAACAUGUUGCUCUCGCUCGCACUGUAGUCCCCCCGCACCCGCCUCGUUCCCGACCCCGCUCUCGCUCUCUCCAGUCUCCAACCCGAGGACUUUUGUUUCGGCUCUGACGCUCACGAAUCGUAAUCGAUGGUCUCAAGAAUGCGU